GGCAGGAGCGUCCUUUCGCCCUCGCUGCCCGUCCCUCCCGCUGCCUCAGCCGCCUGCUCUCAGAGGGGCCACAGCAUCUCUCAUCUGCCUGCCUGCCUGCCUCGUUUGCGGAGGAAGGAAUCUAGCGGCGCGCUCGCUCGCGGAAGCCUCGGCGCUAUCUAUCCAGCGCGCGCGCGCUCCAGCGAGGAGACCCGCCGGCUGCCUUCCUCUCCUGCUCACGCGCCAGGCUGGCCAGGUAGAGAAAAAGAGCGCGAGCCGGAGGCGAGGCGUGGGAGGGCCCGGAGAGGCGGGAAAGCGCCGGACCCAGCCGCCCCAUUCACCUUCCGCCGCGGAUGUGCGGGCGUGCCUCGGGUCUCCCCUCGCAGGACCCCGCAGCACGUCUCUGCCGCCGCCGCCUGCCGACAUGUCCUUGGCUUUCUGUGGCACCGAGAACAACUCGGCUGCCUACAAGGUGAACAACGGGGUGCUCAACAACGGCUGCUUUGUGGACGCCCUCAACGUGGUCCCUCACGUUUUCCUGCUCUUCAUCACCUUCCCCAUCCUCUUCAUCGGUUGGGGAAGUCAAAGCUCCAAAGUUCAUAUCCAUCACAGCACAUGGCUUCAUUUUCCUGGUCAUAAUUUACGCUGGAUUUUGACUUUCAUCCUUUUAUUUGUGCUGGUGUGUGAAAUAGCUGAGGGCAUAGUUUCAGAUGGGGUUUCAGAAUCCCGUCAUUUGCACCUGUACAUGCCACCUGGAAUGGCAUUCUUGGCAGCCAUCACAUCAAUUGUUUACUAUCACAACAUUGAAACAUCAAAUUUCCCAAAGUUAUUGAUAGCCUUAUUAUUCUAUUGGACUUUAGCUUUUAUAACAAAAACCAUCAAAUUUGUGAAGUUUUGUGACAAUAAGAUUGGACCCCUCCAGCUUCGAUUCUGCCUCACAGGACUCUUGGUAGCUCUUUAUGGGAUGCUUCUACUUGUAGAACUUAAUGUCAUCAGAGCGAGGAGAUAUGUUUUCUUCAAAAAACCCAAAGAAGUGAAGCCCCCUGACGACCUUCAAGAUCUUGGAGUCCGAUUUCUGCAACCUUUUGUGAAUCUGCUUUCCAAAGGAACAUACUGGUGGAUGAAUACCUUCAUCAAAACAGCACACAAGAAGCCAAUAGAUUUGAAAGCGAUAGGCAAAUUGCCUAUUGCCAUGAGAGCGUCAACAAAUUACAUGCGCCUCAAUGAGGCUUUUAGAGCCCAAAAGAAUAAAGACACCCCAUACCCACAAGGAUCCAGAUCUAUCUGGUGUGCCCUUUGCCAUGCCUUUGGGAGACCUUUGGUUCUGAGCAGCACUUUCCGCAUACUGGCUGAUUUGCUUGGAUUUGCUGGGCCACUUUGUAUCUCUGGAAUUGUUCACCAUGUUGGCAAAGGGAACAGCACCUUUCAUCCAAAGACUAAAUUACUUGGCGUAUUUUUCAUUUCAUCUCAAGAAUUCCUGGCUAAUGCUUACGUUUUGGCAGUCCUCCUUUUCUUUGCUCUUCUGCUGCAAAGAACUUUCCUUCAAGCAUCGUACUAUGUUGCCAUUGAAACAGGAAUUAACCUGAGAGGAGCAAUACAGACAAAAAUUUAUAAUAAGAUAAUGAGGCUGUCCACUUCCAACAUGUCUAUGGGAGAAAUGACGGCAGGUCAGAUUUGUAACCUGGUUGCAAUAGAUACAAACCAGCUAAUGUGGUUCUUCUUCCUUUGCCCUAACCUUUGGGCUAUGCCAGUACAGAUUAUUGUAGGAAUCCUUCUCCUGUACUAUCUGCAUGGAAUCAGUGCCUUAAUUGGAGCUGCGGUGAUCAUAGUGCUUGCACCUGUUCAGUACUUUGUUGCCACAAAACUUUCACAAGCUCAGAGAAGCACAUUGGAAUAUUCCAAUGAGAGACUAAAGAAAACAAAUGAAAUGCUUCGAGGCAUAAAACUUCUUAAGCUCUAUGCCUGGGAACACAUCUUUCAUAGCAGUGUGGAGGAAACACGCCAAAAGGAAAUGACUAGUUUAAGGGCCUUUGCUCUCUAUACCUCCAUAUCAAUUUUCAUGAAUGCAGCAAUACCUAUUGCAGCUGUUCUAAUAACAUUUGUCGUCCACGCCCAUCUAUUUGAAAAUGCUGACUUUUCUCCUUCCGUGGCCUUUGCUUCACUCUCCCUCUUCCACAUCCUUGUCACUCCCCUGUUCCUGCUCUCCAGUGUAGUUCGAUCUACAGUCAAAGCUCUUGUAAGUGUUCAGAAAUUAAGUGAAUUUCUUUCAAGUGAAGAAAUUGGAGAGGAGCAUGACAGAUGUUCAGAACCAAGACAUGAAGACAACCACAAUAAAUACCAGGCACUUCCCCUCAGAGUUGUUAACCGUAAAAGGCCUGCCAGAGAAGAUUGCAACAAUUGCAACUCUCCUAGGAGAAGACCUCUUAAAUUCACAGAAGCAGAUGAUUAUUGUGUAAAGGUCACAAAUGGAUUUUUCACUUGGACACCUGAAGGAGCUCCAACAUUGUCCAGCAUUGAUAUUCAAAUCCCGCGAGGUCAGUUGACUAUGAUUGUGGGACAGGUGGGCUGUGGCAAAUCAUCCCUCUUGCUAGGGAUACUUGGGGAGAUGCAGAGGAUAUCAGGAAGUAUAAUCUGGAACAGCAAUAUUCCUGACAGUGAGACAGGAGAAGAUGUCAGCCCAGAGAUGGAAACAGCAGUUGACACUGUAGCCAGGAAAAGAGGGCCAGUGGCAUACGCUUCCCAGAAACCAUGGUUACUAAAUGCUACUGUGGAAGAGAAUGUCACUUUUGAAAGCCCCUACAAUAAACAAAGGUACAAAGCAGUAAUUGAUGCUUGCUCUCUUCAGCCUGAUAUUGACAUACUUCCUCAUGGAAACCAGACUCAGAUAGGAGAGAGGGGCAUUAAUCUGUCUGGAGGUCAGCGUCAGCGGAUCAGUGUGGCAAGAGCUCUUUACCAGCAGACAAAUGUUGUGUUCCUGGAUGAUCCAUUUUCUGCACUGGAUAUCCAUUUAAGUGACCACCUCAUGCAAGAAGGAAUCUUGAAUAUGCUAAGAGAGGAAAAGAGGACUGUUGUUCUGGUUACCCACAAACUACAAUAUCUCCCCCAUGCUGACUGGAUUAUUGCAAUGAAGGAUGGCACCAUUCAAAGAGAAGGUACACUCAAAGACAUUCAGAAAUCUGAACCUGAGCUCUUUGAACACUGGAAAACACUCAUGAAUCGACAGGAUCAAGAGCUGGAGAAGGAGAUACUAAAUGAAAGCAAAACUGUAUUAGACAGAAAAAACCUACAGAGGACGAUGUAUUCCCGAGAAGCUCUUUCUCAAGAUGAUGAAGAGGAUGAAGAUGAAAUUCUAGAAUGUGGUGAUGAUGAUGAUGACAAUCUGUCUUCUGUCCUUCAUCAAAGAGCAAAGAUACCAUGGAAAGCAUGUGGGAAGUACCUCAGCUCAGCAGGAUUCCUUCUCUUGCCUUUGCUGAUCCUCUCACAAUUCCUAAAACAUUCUGUUAUGGUCUCCAUUGACUAUUGGCUAGCCCAGUGGACAUCUGAUGCAAUAUCUCCAAGGAAGGAAACAAAUUGCACUUUUUGUGAGGAACCCAUAUUUAAUCAUUCACCCUAUUCAAGGAUAUUCAGCAUUCUCUGCUGCCUUGGGAUUAUAUUAUGUCUUGUAACAUCGAUAGCAGUAGAAUGGACCGGUUUAAAGGUUGCCAAGAAACUGCAUUGCCUUCUGCUGAAUAAAAUUAUUUUGGCCCCCAUGAGAUUUUUUGAAACAACACCACUAGGAAGCAUCUUGAACAGAUUUUCAGCGGACUGCAACACUAUUGACCAGCACAUCCCUGCCACCCUGGAGUGUCUGAGCCGUUCCACCCUGCUCUGUUUAUCAGCUCUUGCUGUAAUUUCCUACGUAACACCUGUGUUUCUAGUGGCUCUAGUCCCUCUUGCUGUUAUAUGCUAUUUCAUCCAGAAAUACUUUAGAGUAGCAUCAAGGGAUCUGCAGCAGUUGGAUGACAGUACUCAGCUUCCAUUACUUUCUCACUUCUCAGAGACUGUGGAAGGUCUAACAACUAUACGAGCAUUCAGGUAUGAAUCCCGAUUUAAACAGAAGCUUCUGGAAUAUACGGAUUCUAACAACAUCGCUUCCCUUUUCCUUACAGCUGCCAAUCGCUGGCUGGAAGUUCGAAUGGAAUAUAUUGGAGCAUGUGUAGUGCUCAUCGCAGCUGUUGCUUCAAUCACAAAUUCUCUCUACAAUAAACUCUCUUCAGGUCUUGUAGGUUUGGGACUUACCUAUGCUCUGAUGGUAUCUAAUUACCUGAAUUGGAUGGUUCGCAACCUAGCUGAUAUGGAACUCCAGCUUGGAGCUGUUAAAAGACUUAACGGCCUUAUAAAAACAGAGGCUGAAAACUAUGAAGGGCUGCUCUCUCCAUCACAUAUACCUCAGAACUGGCCAGACCAGGGGGAGAUUCAAAUACAGAAUCUGAGUGUCCGCUAUGACAGUUCUUUGAAGCCUGUGCUGAAACAUGUUAAUGCCCACAUCUCUCCAGGACAAAAGAUUGGAAUAUGUGGCCGAACAGGCAGUGGGAAGUCAUCUUUUUCUCUUGCCUUUUUCAGAAUGGUUGACACCUUUGAAGGGAGGAUCAUUAUAGAUGGCAUAGACAUUGCCAAGCUUCCCUUACAAACACUGAGAUCCCGACUGUCAAUCAUUCUCCAAGACCCUAUUUUAUUCAGUGGCACAAUCCGAUUUAAUUUAGAUCCAGAAAAGAAAUGCACAGACAGCAUGCUAUGGGAAGCUUUGGAAAUAGCACAACUGAAGCAUGUGGUGAAAGCUUUACCAGGGGGACUAGAUGCUAUAGUCACUGAAGGUGGAGAAAAUUUCAGCCAAGGACAAAGGCAGCUCUUCUGCUUAGCCAGGGCAUUUGUACGGAAGACGAGUAUCUUCAUUAUGGAUGAAGCCACGGCAUCAAUUGACAUGGCAACAGAGAACAUUCUUCAGAAGGUUGUAAUGACUGCCUUUUCUGAUCGUACAGUGGUGACAAUCGCACAUCGAGUACACACUAUUCUUAAUGCAGAUAUGGUUAUUGUAAUGAAGAGAGGAGUUAUUUUGGAAUAUGACAAGCCAGAGGUUCUGCUGGAGAAAGAAGACAGUAUUUUUGCUUCUUUUGUCCAAGCAGACAAAUAGCUAUAAAUAAAUUUUUGAAAGUGCAAUUUUAUUAAUAAUUUUCUAAGUAAGUGAAAUUAGAAAAUUGUACCUGUAAAUAAAAAUGGAUUAUUUAACAAUAAAGGACCCUGUAUUUGCCUUCUUUAUGAAUA